UCAAGGGUCUCAGACUCAACAUUAUAAUAGAGGAGCUAGCUAUUUCCAUAGUUAUCUUGUUGCAAAUGAAAUGAGCUUCUUAAUUUCUCAUGAACCGAAAAAUAUGAAAAAAUCUGCAGAGAGAAUGGGAUCAUCAGUAGUAAGGCAAUACAACAAAUCUCAACUUCCACGUUUGCGGUGGACGCCUGAGCUUCAUGAACUCUUUGUUCAGGCAGUUGAAGGCCUGGGAGGAAAAGACAAAGCAACGCCAAAGCGCAUUCUGCAGACGAUGAGUGUUAGAGAACUGAAGAUUUCUCACAUCAAAAGCCAUCUUCAGAUGUAUAGAAGUAUGAGGGAUCGUAGCAGCAACAUGAGUACUAUAGUGGUGCAAAUGAAGCAUUUUCAUCCAAAAAGAGCACAUUUCAAAGAUGUUAUAAGCUCCUUCUCCCUUCACUCUCCUCACAGAAAAUGGGAAUAUGACAGGGAGGAUUUUGGACGUGAAAUCUUUUCUGAAGACAGUAACGGGCUUCGACGAACAAUAGAAGAAACUAGCGAUAACAAGCAUGAUCAGAACACAAGCACAUGCUGGCUUAGUAGGAUCUUCGAUGAAGAAGAAGAAGAUAGGAGCAGGCAUAACGAACUUCAUGAGCUCUCACUAUCCUCCGCGCCUCCAAUGAUGCAUAGUGUAGAGAGAGAGUUGUGGCCUUCAAUUGAUGAUAAUGUUCCUGACUCAUGUUCCUCACAUGAAUUCGUAAACAUUCCAAAUUUCCACUCUUCUGGGAGCAAUAACAUAAACUUGGAUCUAACCAUAUGAAUUCUCUACAAGGAUUAAAUAUGUUACACUUCUGUAUUAUAUUUAUCCUCUCAAUAUGUUAAUUAAAAAAAUAGAUUGCAGUACAAAUUAAAAUAUGGCUUUUAAGGUA